AUGAGAUACAUCUUAGAUGAUGAUGAUCAGGAGACGCAAGACCGCUUCCAAAACUCUUCAGAUCAGACCAUAGAGAACUCCUCAGAUGGAUAUACUAACGGUUCCAUAGACCUCAGUGAUGAUGUAAUGCCAACAGAAAAUAAUAAUGUCGAAACUUUUAAAGUUAUCUCACAGGAUGCCUUUCCCAUUUCAAACAAUGGCUAUAUUGUUCCAACAGAUGGGACUUUGCCCCCAGGCAUGCAUUUGGUUUUCGUUCCAGACAGCGCCAAAGAUGAAUUCAUCAAGAAAUCCUCGCUGUGUUUCGAUAGGUAUGACAGAGGCUUGGCUGAUAAUUCCAAACCAUUUAUUGUAAAGCCUGUCAGUGGGGUAAAUGGUUUUGUGAUGACUAAGUCUAAUCCUAUGAACAAAGUACCUUUCAAUGGUUUAGGUGCUGAAAAUACUGGUAAACUAGAUGUUCACAUAGAUAAAGGAGAUGAUGCCUACAUCACAAUAAAUCCAGAAUACUACGACAAUCAAGGCAGCCUUGAUGCCAACAUUGCGGAAGCUCUGACAGGGAUAGGCAACACCAAGGAUGAAGACAGUGAAAGCGAUGUCCAAAACAGUUCAAAUAACGAGGCCAACAAGAUCAAAUCUUUAAUCAAAAAACACUGUAAAUUUGAGUGCAAUCGAUGUGAUAAGAGAUAUAAACGACAGUUUGACCUAAAUGCUCACAUGCGAACCCACGAUGGGCAAGAACCAUUUUCAUGCUCACAGUGUGGAGAGAAAUUCAAUUAUCUUCACCUUUACAGAAAACAUGUGAAUCAGCAUAAUUCAGAAGACAAAGGAACUGAAUGCAAAGAGUGUGGCCUAAAGAUUCGCUUCAAGAGCCACGUUAAAGUUCACAUGAGAACUCACACAGGCGAGAAACCUUACAAAUGUGGAGUCUGUGGACGAGCUUUUGCACAGAGCUGUAUAUUGACAACUCACAUGAGAACUCAUACUGGUGAAAAGCCGUAUAGAUGUGAUGAGUGCGGCAAAGGCUUUGGACAGGCGAGCACACUCAAGAUUCACAAGCGAACACACUCGGGAGAUCGUCCUUACAAAUGCACCAUGUGUGACAAGGCAUUCAACCAAAGCGGCCACCUUAAUCUUCAUAUCAGGACUCACACAGGUCACAAACCAUUCAAGUGUGAAGUCUGUGGCAACAUGUUCAACCAACGGUGUCACCUGCGUUUGCACAUGAAGCGACACACUGGUGAGCGUCCAUUUAAGUGUGAUAAGUGUGACAAAGAAUUCCUCCAGAACUGUGAACUUGUCAAUCACAUGCUUUCCCAUUAUGGAGAAAAGCGUGCCUAUAAAUGCCAGAUUUGUGACAUGAUAUUUGCCCAGAAAGAGCAGUUUACUCUUCACUUAAAAUGCCAUGAUCCUAAGACCCUAGGAGAUGUGAAGCCCUAUGGGUGUAAUAUUUGUGGCAAUGCUUAUUCCCACCAAGCUGAUCUUUUCCUUCACAUGAAAAAUCACCAGGACAUAUCUAAGGCCUUUGAGUGUAAUAUUUGUGGCUGUGCUUAUGCUCAGCAGAAUGAUCUAAGAAAGCAUAUGAAAACCCACAGAAAUGAAAAAUCAUUUGAAUGUAUUAUAUGUAAUGAAGUUUACACUUCUGAAUCUGAUCUGAAGCAACACAUGGAAAAUCACUCAGAAACUGAAAUUAAAUCUGAACUUGAAUGAAAGUCACCUGAAGUAGUGUACUCUUAGCAAUCACUUUUGAUUCUAUGGGGAAAAAAUCAGGAUCUAAUAAAAAAUCUCUCAUGAAUCUUAGGGAUUAUUGAAAUAUUUUAAAAUUUUUAUAAGGUUGGGGUCAUAUUGCAAGAAUAUAUGAAAAAUCACUUACAGAAUUCUACUGCAAUCUUAAUAUCAAUGCAUUUUUUGUUAGUAAAGAAGUAGUUAACCAUAUUUUAAUGUUGUUAGUGACACAUGCACUCCUUGGAAGACUAGUUUAAUACAUCAUUAAUGUUAGAAUUUAUUGAAUUUAAUUAAUUUGACACAAAAUUUAAGGUUAUGAUAGGCUAUCCUUGAUUUUGUUGUUGAUGAAAGAAAUGUGAUUUAAUUGUGCUGUGACAGUCUCCAUGAAAGCUAAGAAACUAAGACUUUGUCCACAGUGUUUUUGAAGUAGUUUUCCAUCAGACAUGAAGUUAUCAUAUCACUUAACAUUAAGAUUCAUCUAGGUAAUAGCCAGUAAAAUAAAAACACCAUUACAGUUGAAGAUCAAAUGAUGUUUAGAACUUCAUCUCCAUUCACAUUUUUAAAAGGUUUGAAAGAAAAAAUGAAAAAGACUAUCUGAUGUCUGAGAACAAAAUAUGAAUACCUCUAGCAAGAAUUUUUAUAUAGUUAUGAUUUCGUUUUAUAUUUUGUCAUUUUGUAUUUUUAAUUCCAAUAUUGUCUGUACAUUCAUAAUGAACAAACAUAUCAAAACCCCUGUGCUUUUUUGGUUGGAUUAACAGAUCAUUUAUUUUUUUAUUGUUAAUGUGCAUAUUUAUUAGAUUUAGUAGUCAUUAUGUGUGUAUGUUUUUAACAAAAAUAACAAUCUAAUGAUUUUAAUCUAUGCACUUACAUUUUAUCUAUCUAUGCAUAUAGAUUUUGUCUACAGAUUAUAUUUUUAGUUUAUUUAUCUGAGCAAGUCUGAUGUAACUCUUGUAGUUGAAUUUUUCAAUCCUCUGAAAUUUUUUGAAUCAAACAUUUGAACAUGUUGAACAACAUUGCAUUUCCUAUCCCUUAGCAAAGUGCUCUCUGUAUGCAAAUUUUUUAUCAAAAGUAAAUUGUAAAAUGAAAAGAAAUAUUCGAUAAAUAUUAAAAAGGUGUGGAUGGAGAAAAUGAUACUUUAUUGUUUGUUUGAUUUGUUACUUUUUUUUAAUUUGUUAGAAAGAAAAGACAUGAAUUUUGGAAAAUUCCAUUUUGUUAUUAUAUUUUUUCUUCAUUCCUUGUCAGUUUUGAUUAAUUUUUUUGAUGAAGUUGAUAUGUUUAAUACAAACUUGCUACAUUCCUUUAAUGAAUUGCUCACCUGGAAGGCUUACAUUCCAUAGUUUUAGUGAUAUUUUGUAUUAUAAACUGUAUGAUGAGAGAAAUGGUGUACAUAGUUGUAUUUUGCCCUUACAUUUCAAAUUAUUAAGGUUGUGUGUGCAUUGUUUUCCCUCAUUGAAAAAGCAUUCAAUUUAUGCAAGGUUCUGCAUUGUUUUUAAUUGUUAGUAUUGCACAUGUAUAUUUUUGUAACUUGUAUAUUAGAAUUUACAUUCCAAUAUUUUUUUAUAUAACAUUUCUAUAUUAUAAUAAAUUAGAAUGUAUUCA